GAUCUUUCAGUCUUGUACCAGUUAUUCUCUUGAACUGUGGAAUUAUCUGUAUUGCGGUAACGGUUGCCAUACUGUACCCCAAAGUUGGCAGUAUACUUAGAUAUGUCGGCUCGCUCUCUGGUUUGAUCUACGUGUUUGCCUUACCAUGCUUGGUUUAUAUGAGGAAAUUGCAUAUGGAAGGCCGUCUUACGCCCACAAAACAAUUCAUCCACACCACAAUCAUCGCUAUAGGUGUUCUGAAUUUCAUUUCACAAUUUGUUAUUUGA